GACCGCUUUCUUAGCAGUCAAUCCUUUUUCCUCUUUUCAUUCUUUCCGACAUUUUUUUUUUCUUUAUAUUACAAUGGAUCAAGAAAAACAACAUAUUCGUUUGGAAUUCAAGGAAGACAGUCGUCGACGAUCAGCAUCGAUCCAAGCAUCGAGUGAAUCUACGGUAGAAGCUGGAUAUAGUCAAAUUCCUAUCAAAUUCCGUACUCUUUCUAUCAAUGUGACCAAUUCUAUGAAUGGUGAUCCCAAUGAAAAGGCUGGCAAGAAAAAAAAGGAAAUGGAUGAUUCCGAAUAUUUUGCUUCUAUGGAUUUCCAUAAGCUUGAGUCUGCUGAAGUCAUUCAACGAUUCAACACGGAUGAUAAGGUUGGUUUAGAAUCUUCUGCUGCUGAAACUCGUUUACAACGUAAUGGUGCCAAUGUAUUUGCUCAUCGUCGUCCUAAUUAUAUUCUCAAGACACUUGGUUAUAUUUUUGGUGGUUUCUGUUCUGUUUUAUGGAUUGGUGUGAUUACUUUCUUCCUUUGUUGGAUGCCACUUAGUACUCCUCCUAUUACCCCUGGUGGGUCUCCUAGUGCCAUCAAUCUUGCUCUUGCUAUUCUUGUCAUCAUUGUCAUCUUUUUCCAAGCUUCUUUCUCUGCCUUCCAAGAUUGGUCGACAGCCAAGGUAAUGAAAUCAAUUUUGAAUCUUCUUCCAGCAGAAUGUUUGGUUGUUCGUAAUGGGGAUGUGAUCAAGAUGCCAGCAUCCAAUUUGGUCGUCGGUGAUAUAGUUCAUAUCAAGUUGGGAGAUAAAGUACCUGCUGAUCUUCGUUUGAUUCAAGUAUCCAAUGAUUUGAAAUUCGAUCGUGCCGUUUUGACUGGUGAAAGUGAUGCUGUAGAAGGCUCUACCAGUUGUACUGAUGAAAACUUUUUGGAAUCUCAAAACGUUGCUUUAAUGGGAACUCAUGUGGUGAAUGGUAAUGCUGUUGGUGUUGUUAUCUUGACUGGUAAUAAUACUGUGAUGGGUCGUAUCAACAAAUUAACUACUGCGGCAAAGGAAAAAGUGACAUUGAUUCAACAAGAAAUCUCUCGUUUUGUUCGUAUCAUUGUUUGUUUGACUAUUGUACUUGUUAUGAUCCUUUUGAUUGAAUGGCUUGCAUUCUUACAUAUUCAACAUCCUGAUUUCCAAAAUGUGGUUGCUUUAUUGAUGAACUUGAUGGGUUGUGUUGUUGCAUUUAUUCCUGAAGGUGUCCCAGUGGGCGUGGCCAUGACCAUGAUGAUGAUUGCUCGUAAGAUGAAAAAGAACAAAGUGUUACCCAAAGGUUUGACAACGGUGGAAACACUUGGUUGUGUGAAUGUGAUCUGCUCUGACAAGACGGGUACUCUUACCCAAAACAAGAUGUUUGUGACCAGUGUUGGUUUUGGUGAUGCUGAAUGUACUCCUGAUGAAUGCCGUGAUACUCUUUCCAGUGGAACUAGUAAUCCUAUUGCUACCGCUUACAAACAACUCCAUUUGGCCUCUUAUUUCUGUAACAAUGCUUCGUUUGAUGCGUUGACCAUGGAUCUGCCUGUGAAUGAACGUAAAGUGAAUGGUGAUGCUACUGAUAGUGCUAUUCUUCGUUUUGCUGCCAACUUGGGACCUGAAUCAAAGAACAGUCAAGGUGAUUCGGCUUUUGUGCGUACAUUUGAAAUUCCCUUCAAUUCAAAGAACAAAUGGAUGUUGACCAUGUAUCAAGCUAGCAAGAUGAAUCCUCAACCCAUGGUCAAUAUUUUCGGUGCUGUGCCCAAUGAUCGUGAAUCCCUCAUUUUUGUCAAGGGUGCUCCUGAUAUUUUGAUGCCUAAAUGUACUUCUGUUCUAUGUGCUCAGACAAACACGGUGAUGCCUCUUACUUCUGAAAUGUCUGCUCGUCUUAGUGCUAUGCAAGAAAAAUGGGCUCGUCAUGGUCAACGUGUACUUGUGCUUUGCCGUCGCUUCUAUAGUCCUGAAUCCGAUAUCCAUGCCAAUGGCUUCCAAGAUGAAUUGGUACAACAUGCUGUUCAAGAUUUGACCGUGAUUGGUCUUGUCGGCAUUAUGGAUCCUCCUCGUCCUGAAAUCACUCAAACCAUUGCUGAUUGCCGCCGUGCUGGCACCCGUUUCUUCAUGGUCACUGGUGAUUUCGGUCUUACUGCUGCUGCCAUCGCUCGACAAAUUGGUAUCUUUACUUGUGAACGAGAUCCUCAUAAUUAUAUGGAUGUGGCCAAGGUAGCGGAUGAUGAAGAUGAAAAAUUCCAAGGUCGAACAAGCUUACUGUUGACUGGUAGUGAUUUAUUGAAAUUUGGUGAUGUUGAAUGGAGCCGUGUAUGCCGCUAUGAAGAAAUUGUGUUUGCUCGUACCACCCCUGAACAAAAACUCAAAAUUGUCAAGGAAUUUCAAAAACGUGAUGGUGUGGUUGCUGUGACAGGUGAUGGUGUGAAUGAUGCUCCUGCUUUGAAGGCGGCUGAUGUGGGUGUGGCUGUGGUCAGUGGUAGUGAUGUGGCCAUUGAAGCUGCUGAUUUGGUCCUCAUGGGUGAAUUUGAUUCCAUCACUGAAGCUAUUCGCUUGGGUCGUUUGGUCUUUCAAAAUUUACAAAAAGUCAUUGGUUAUCUCUUGCCUGCUGGUUCUUGGUCUGAAAUCUGGCCUGUCUUGGUCAAUGCAUUUGCUGGUACUCCCCUUCCCCUUAGUUCCUUCUUGAUGAUCAUGAUUUGUUGUUUCACCGAUCUUUUCCCUGCCUUGGCCAUCAUCAUGGAAAAUGAAGAAUUCGAUUUGCUUUCUAUGCCUCCUCGUAAUCCAAAGAAGGACCAUUUGAUCAAUCUCAAGAUUUAUAUCCAAUCCUACUUAUUUAUGGGAUCUAUGCAAACAAUCUGUUCUCUCGGUAUGUUCUUUUACUAUAUGAAGGAAGCCACUGGCUUGGGUUGGUUCGAUUUUGUUGGUACUUAUAGUCCUGGUCCAUGGGGACCUGCAAAUCAACAAAGCUUUGGUGUUGGACCUGAUGGUAAAGCAUUAACGGCGGAUGAUUUCCAAUGGAACCUUCAAAUUGGACAAUGUGUGACCUUUGUGACCUUGGUAAUUCUUCAAUGGGGUAACAUUAUGUCUGUCCGUAAUCGUCGAUUGUCCAUCCUACAAGCUGAUCCUAUCCGUCGUGGUCAUCGUAAUCUUUGGUUGUUCCUUGGUAUGUUGUGUUCGCUCAUUACUGCUCUUAUUGUCACCGAAGUGCCUUGGUUCCAUGAUGUCAUGCAAACCGGUCCUGUUCCUGUCAAAUUCUGGUUCUUGCCAUUCCCUCUUGCCGUCGGUAUCAUCAUGAUGGAUGAUGUUCGAAAAUUGAUUGUUAGAUGUUUCCCCAAUAGCAUCAUUGCCAAGAUUGCUUGGUAAACCCUAUAUAUAUCUUUUCUCUUUAGACUUUCUUUCCUUGUAUUCUUUAUUUUUUUUUUUUUUUUUGUCUGAUAGUAUUGUAAUAUAGCCUCAUUUUAUAUCUUUUUUUUUAUAAUAAACUUGACCAAC